CACACAGCGUUUUUGACUUGCCCUGGUGUCCAAAACGACAGCAGGAUGCACAGAUUCUUUGCUCAGAGCUAGCCUCUAGCUGCUCUUCAAUUUUGCAAUCUUGAGCCCUUCAAGAGGCUUCAAGUUGAGCAUGCGAAUUGCAGGAUCAGCACUGUGACGGCCAUGAUCCUGUAGGCAUUCCACCUCACAUGAGCAAGGGGCUUCACUACCGUCUUCUUGAGAUUGCAGCGAUCUCCGUCUGGAAAAAACAAGUUUGAUCAACAGCUGUGGUGGCGGGCAGCGAAACUUCAGUAGGCGGAUCGAAAGCAUUCAGGAACCUGUGCUGCAUGCGUUUGAUUACUACCUAGCAUGGCCACGUUUGUUCAGAAGCAUGUCUCCCAGCAAUUGAGGAUGUUGCAGCUCUCAAGGCAGCAUUGUACAUUAAGAGCCUUCCCCUUGAUGACUUUUAAGCACGCAACUUUGAGAGGGCAUCAGGCUUUGCACCACCAACAGAGGCAUUGCCUCUUCACAAACACAGACAAGUCUAGCAUCUUCAUACAACAAUCAGGGGCCAGAGAAGGAAUGCUUGUGAAGCGGAAUAAGGUUCUCUAUCCAUCAGCCAGGGGGCCGAGGGAAGGGCAAUCCGUGAGUGACCUGGUCUCAGACACGGAAUUGAAUGAGCCGAAGGACUUUGAGCACCUGGCAGACUCGGACGGGCUCCUGUCCAUUGUUGGCUUCGGUUCUCUGCUUUCAAUAAGGAGCGCUAAGUACACUUUUCCGGACCUGCAAAACUUUCGAGUGGCUCGCCUGGACGGCUUUCGGCGGGUGUUUGCACAUGUGGCCCCUGUUUUCCUGGUCAGGGGCAUAGCCAACCUGGAGACUAGGGAGAUGUCGAGCUUGAGCGUUGAACCAUGCAGAGGGGAGUCGAUCGUCGUCACCAUGUUUGAGAUCGAUAUCUCUGAGGUUCCUGCCUUUAUCGAGCGGGAGCACGAGUUCCGCUUCCUUAGAGUCUAUCCCCAAAGCGUCGGCUCGACCAGCCUCAGGCCAGCGGUGGUUUGCAGCCGGUAUAGCGACGAGGAGUACCGCCAAGUACGCUGCAAAGGUAGCGAGGAGGAGUUCGAACGACGGUACGGCCGUUUUGGAAUCCAGCGGAUCUGGGUUGAUGACGUGCUUCCAUGUCGGACUUACCUACGGCACUGUGUGCUUGCGGCUCAGAACCUGUCGCCGGAGGCUUACGCCAGCUUCUUGGACCACACGUUCCUGGCUGAUAGACGCACCACUAUCAGGCAGCACUUACAAGCUGACCCGCAGAUCAUGCUCGAACUCCCCCCACCGGAGUUGGCUGAAAGAUACGGGGGGUAGGGCAGAACAAAGACUCUUCUCGGAUCGAAACAACAGCCUUCAAGGUACUUGGCAAAUGUUUCUCUGACGAUACGAAUCUACAUGGGGCUGGGCAGUCCUUCCGAUCCACUGAUAAGUUAUAUUGAUAAGCUCAGAUACGAGUUGACGAAUUACAGGUUCCUCAAGAUUGGCAAGCAGGUUGUGUAGCUUCGUUCAUUAUCAGGAACAUUACUCGUCACAUGCAGCUUCCGUCAAGGACUGAAGGAAUGUUCCGAAUAAUCUGCAAUCAUGCAUUGCAUAUGCAUACGGCCCAAUGUAUCAAUUCUAUCUUGCACGGUCGUGUGACAUAAGGAUCGGACUAGCUAG